CAACACACGUUCUUAUUGGCUGCCGAAUUGACGAAAAAACGACAGUCACAACCUUGAAGAAGAGGUCCAGUAAAGAGCAUCACAGCAGACCAGACGGCCUCCUAACAGCUCUCAUACAGGACUGCAGCAGGACUUUAAACAUUUGUUCAGGAUGAACAGAAAUCCACAGAAGGAAAUUGAGGAAAUCAAAUAUGAAGAUAACUAUGAUAAUGCUCCAGCCUGGACUGUGGAUAAAGUGAAAGCCCCUCCAGACCAGAGGUCUCUCUUCUUCACUCAGUCUUUUCCACUGAUAGCAGUGUGUUGGCUGAUACUGUUAGUCAUCAUGGGCCUUCUUAUCCACUUUACUUCUGUCAUUUCUGAAAACGACGCCAAGCUGACGGCAGAAAUCCAGCAGCUGGAGACACUGAUGCAGCAUCUGAAUUUAUCCAAAGACAACGAGACUCUACUGGCUGCCAUUCAGCACCUGACAAACCUCAACGACAAACUGAGCUCAGACAAUGACAAGUUGAGGAGGGACCACGAUGAUCUGACAGCAGUAACAAACUGGAAUAAACUCAACGUCAGUCGAGCUCAGUGGAGUAUUGAUGCCUACUGCCCCAAAGGAAAUAAAAGGAGACGAUGUAAAGCUUGUCAGGAGGGCUGGGAACUCACCGAGCCCAGCUGCUAUGAGGUUCAUAACGUUGUUUCUUCUGAUCAGAAAACCUGGGAAGAAGCUCGAGAAGACUGCAGAGGAAAGAGUUCACAUUUGGCUGUUUAUACUAAAGAGGAACAUGGCAUGAUCAGUAAAUACAGCCCAGAUAGUUCAGGAACUGAUGGAUACUGGAUUGGCCUGAGAGCUGAAGGUGGAAUGUGGGAGUGGGUUGAUGGAAGUGAUCCAGCUGUAAAUGACUGGACACAACAAAAUCUUCCUACUGACGGUCAGUGUGUAAUGUCUGUCCAUGAGGAAGAAUGGAGAUCAGUGAGCUGUGCUGAGAAAAAACGAUGGAUCUGCAAAAUGAAGGCUUUAUCUGUUUAAACACUGCAGUCAGACUCUGCAUGAUAAUAUCAACUGACUUAUGAAUAUCAAACGUGUGUUUGUGCUCUGUGUGUUUCUCUCUGCAUCUUUGUUAGAGAUGCAGUGAUUAAAUGUGUUAUACCAGAUUGAUGAAAGGGAACAACUUCUUUAGGAUGUAGGAAGGAUGGCUUUUUUGCACAAGUAUAGAAAAUGGUAAAUUUGCAUAGCUCUUUAGCUCUAAAUGUUUACUGUACAUUUGUCUUUUAAUUGUUUUAACCCUGUGCUUGUUUUGUGUCUGUGUUGUAACUCUUGCAGCAAUGUCUUCCUGUGUCAAUAAUUCAUUUCUCAUUGGGGAGACUAAUAAAGAU